AUCACAACUACUUGCAAUCUUGUCGCAAAGAGAAGGAAAAAAAAAACGUUAGUAUUGCAUUGACGAUAAUGUCCUCCCCACCAACCACGCUCUGAAUACUGAAAAGAUUCCGGCGUCACCUAACCUCAAUUCCAGCAGAAUUUUUGAGACCUCUCUGCAAAUAUAUCACUCUCACUAACAAUCCUGUAUCAAUCUCUCCUCUUUUCUUCAUUUUUCUAUCGACAAUUUGAACAACAGCAAACAACGACUCUUUCUGUAACUUCUUCGACUUCGAUUGCCACUUCUCACUUGUAGAUCUGCGCUGCUGCUAACUUUGUGGUGGUAGCUCUUGCUUGUGGAGUUCACAAGUUCUUAUCACGGCCUGUCCCUUCGAUUUCGGAAUUGUAAGUUACAAUGGGAGAAAAUAUCAGAAGAAAUUCCACAUUAAUAUGUGUACCAAUUAUGGAUGAUACGGUUGAUCAAAUGCUAAUUCAAGCAAAAAAAGCUAAGGAACAAGGUGCUGACUUGGUUGAGCUUCGAUUAGAUUUCUUGAAGAAUUUUAACCCAAAUUAUGACCUUGAGAUUUUAAUCAAGAACAGUUGUUUGCCCACUUUGGUCACUUUCAGACCAACAUGGGAAGGUGGUCAGUAUGAUGGUGAUGAAAGCAAACGAAGGAGCGCAUUGCGCAAAGCCAUGGAACUCGGAGCUGACUAUGUAGAUGUUGAGCUUAAGGUAGCAGAGGAGUUUUUUGACUCUAUUGGUGGAAAGAAGCCUACAAAGACUGCAAUUAUUGUCUCUUCUCAUAACUAUCAAAGCACCCCAUCAGUUGAAGAGAUUGGAGAUCUUGUAUCAAGAAUACAAGCAACUGGAGCUGAUAUUGUAAAAAUUGCAACAACUGCCAGAGACAUCACAGAUUGUGCACGUAUUCUUCAAGUACUUACACAUUCUCAGGUUCCAAUUAUUGGACUUGUUAUGGGUGAGAGAGGAUUGAUAUCAAGGAUACUUUGUGCCAAAUUUGGAGGAUAUCUUACAUUUGGUACACUUGAGAAAGGGGCAGUUUCAGCUCCUGGCCAGCCGACUAUAAGAGAUCUCUUGGAUUUGUAUAAUUUCAGGCUCAUAGGGCCUGAUACUAAAGUUUUUGGAAUCAUUGGUAAUCCUGUUGGCCACAGCAAGAGUCCUCAUAUGUACAAUCCAGCAUUUAAGGCUGUUGGCUUUAAUGGAAUAUAUGUGCCUUUGUUGGUUGACAGUGUACCUAACUUUUUGAAGACAUAUUCGUCUCCUGAUUUUGUUGGAUACAGUGUCACAAUUCCUCACAAGAUGGCUGCACUUGAGUGCUCUGAAGAGGUGGAUCCAAUUGCGAAGGCAAUUGAAGCCGUAAACUGCUUGGUUAGAAAACCAAGCGACGGGAAAUUGGCGGGUUACAAUUUUGAUUACGUUGGAGCUAUUGAAGCUAUCGAAGAAGGAUUACAAGAUGGUGGAAGUAGUGCACCAGUAUCACCCUUGGCUGGUAAAGUCUUUGUUGUUGUUGGAGCUGGUGGUGCAGGAAAGGCACUUGCCUAUGGUGCAAAAGCAAAAGGGGCUAAAGUGGUCAUAGCUAAUCGCACACUAGAAAAUGCUGCAAAUUUAUCCAGUAAAGUUGGUGGCAAAGCCAUCAGUCUUACAGAAUUAGACGACUUUGCACCAGAAGAAGGGAUGAUUCUUGCCAACACUACAUCUGUUGGAAUGAAACCGAACACAAAUGAAACACCUAUUUCUAAGAGAGCUUUGAAGAACUAUGCUCUUGUUUUUGAUGCGGUUUAUGUACCAAAAUUAACCAGACUCUUGAAAGAAGCUCAAGAAUCAGGCUGUAUUAUUAUUUAUGGAACAGAAAUGCUUGUUAAUCAAGCCUUCGGACAGUAUCAACAGUUCACCGGUUUGCCAGCUCCGAAAGAACUCAUGAGGGAAGCCCUGGCAAAGAGCACAUAAUGAAGUAUUUAUAAUGUUAUUCUUUUGUUGUCUCUGGUGAUUUUUGUGUACCAAGGUGCUUCUUUUCUUUUUUUCAUUUUUUUCAUGUUACGAUUCCGAACUUUUUGUAUCCCUUCUUUAUUCUAGGCUGCAACGUUGAACCCCUUUAUAGAGCACAACAACUGUAGAGGCCUAUGUAUCUAAAUCCAAAAUGGAGGUUCAACAACAGUUUUAUCCCUCGAAAAUAAGUAAAAGGGAAGACUUUGAUCUGAAA